AUGGAUAAGCUGAGGUCAUUAAAGACUGAAAGGACUCAACUAAGAAGAACUUUUACAAAGUGCAGAAAUGAAAUGGACAAAUUACUGAAUGAAGAUAGUAAAGAUGAAGUAAUAAUUAAAAGUAAUUUAAACAAGCUGCAAGAUAAAGCUGAUAGGCUUUUUAAGCUAGAUGAAGACAUCAAGGAAGCCUUGUUGGAAGAUCCUGCAACAAAAGAAGAGGACUUAGAAGAUGAGUUUGAUACUGCAGAAUCUUACAGAGACAUGUUAUCUUCAAUGAGAGCUAAGUAUGACCAUUUCAUUAUUCAGGUUGGCCUAAGCCAACAGUCAAGAAGUGAAGUCGGGGAUACCGUUCACAGUCUUAAAUUAGCAUCUAAGAAGGGGUUAAGUCUACCUAAUUUACAAUUAAACCAGUUUGAUGGAGAUGUAAAAAAUUGGAUAGGGUUUUGGGGGCAGUUUAAGAAGGUCCAUGAGGAUCCUGAUCUAGAACCUGAGGAUAAGUUCCAAUACCUCAUCCAAUCUUUAAAGCCAGGAUCAUCCCCUAGGGAAUUAGUAGAAAGUUUUCCCCCAUCUGGAACUAAUUAUGUAAAGGCCUUAGAACAAUUAAAAGCAAGAUUUGGUAGGGAUGACUUUUUAAUAGAAGUAUAUGUGAGGGAACUGCUGAGUUUAGUGCUCCAACAAGUAACGCUAGGUCCUAAUACUAAACUGUGCCGACUGUAUGACAAACUAGAAACACAGUUAAGGGCACUUGAAACUUUAGGAGUCACUUCAGACAAGUACGCUUCAAUGCUGUAUCCUCUGGUAGAAUCUGCUUUGCCCGAAGAAACAUUACGAGCCUGGGAGCGGCAUCGUUCAAGUAAGUUACCACACACACCCUCGUCUUCUACAUUGUCAGAUGAUAAAUCAAGUAAUUUUUUACAAGAACUUCUUGAUUUUCUAAAGGCUGAGGUGGAGAGUGAAGAAAGGCUGGCUCUUGCUCGUUCGAGUUUUAAAUCUGCCACUCCAGGAGAGAACAACAGCAAAUGUAGCAGCCAAAAGAGAAGGUCAGCAGUUCACGAACCUCGUCAGGGUCAACCUACGGCAGCUGCUCUAUUGACAACUGAUGUACUAGUGGAUUUGUACACAGGAACUAUGCAGAAGAUCGAUGACAAACUAGUCGCUAUCGAAACGUACCUUGGGUGGACCGUGAUGGGGAAGCAGCCAUGCAGAGGAAGUCGUAAAAUGUCUCUGCUAACUCUAUUUUGCCAGUCUAAAUCUGAAAUUAAAGAUCUAUGGAGCUUGGAGACAAUCGGAAUCAAGGACCCUAUUGAGGUGAAGCAGAGAGACUCCAUUGAUGCAGAAGUAUUUCAACAUUUUAAAGAAAAUGUAAGAGUGAAUGUUGAGAAUAGGUACGAAGUAUGUUUGCCGUGGUUGGAGGGUCAUCCUGAACUUCUAGACAAUCAUGAAAUUGCAGAGAGACGUUUGAUGUCAUCAACUAGAAGAUUAAAUACCCUUAACAAAUUCAACGACUAUGAUAAAGUCUUCAAAGAAUGGUUAGAAGAAGGGAUUAUAGAAAAUGUUCCAGAAUCAGCAGAGUCAACAAAGGUCCAUUACCUGCCGCAUCACCCAGUCAUAAAAGAGAGUAGCUUAACUACUAAAAUACGUCCAGUGUUUGAUGCGUCUACAAAGGACAGAAGAGGGCAUUCUUUGAAUGAAUGUUUGGCUACAGGUCCAAAUUUAGUAGAGUUGAUUCCAUCUCUUGUAAUGAAAUUCAGGAAGCACCAGAUUGGAGUAACAGCAGACAUAAAAAAGGCUUUUUUACAGAUCAGUUUAGCUCCUCAAGACCGAGACUACCUUAGGUUCAUUUGGUGGGAAGACUACAAGACUAGAAAAUUGACAACUUUUAGACAUUGCAGAGUUGUCUUUGGAAUUACCUCCAGUCCCUUUCUGUUAGGAGCCACACUAAAUCACCAUUUGGAUUACGCACCACUUCAUCUACAAGAGACAGCUGCGAAAUUGAAAGAUGCCUUUUAUGUUGAUAAUUGUAUUGUUAGUGUUGACUCUGCAGUAGAACUAAAAAAGUUUGUAAAUGAGUCCAUGGAACUAAUGAAGCUAGGACAGUUUGAAUUAAGAGAAUGGGCUAGCAACUAUUCAGAUGUCAGUAACCUUGAAAAUGAGUUUUCAACAGAAAAUAUUGUACCAUUACUGGGCAUAUUGUGGGACAGGGAAAAGGAUGAGAUUUUUUGUGACAUACGAUCCAUUUCUAUGCCAAACAAGAAGGUAACCAAACGAGAUCUACUCUCAGUAGCCCAGCGAAUUUUUGAUGUGGUAGGUUUCACUUGUCCUGUGUCUUUAUUACCUAAGUUACUCUUGCAGGAGACAUGGCUGAAAAAACUGACGUGGGAUGACGAACUUCCAAAUGAAAUAUCAUGCCAAUUUUUAAAGUGGGUUGAAAAUAUUCAUUGGUUGGAAAACUGUCGAAUACCAAGAAGACUAUUUCUGUUAGGGAGUCAGUCCGUAAACGAGACUAGUUUUCAUAUAUUUUGCGAUGCUAGUAAACUGGCUUAUGCAGCUUGUCUUUUUAUCAGAACCAAGUCUCAAAACAAGGUAGCUGUGCAGCUUAUAUAUGCAAAAUCUAGGAUUGCCCCGAAGAAUGCAACAAUACCAAGAUUGGAGCUGUUGGCCGCACUUAUGGGAGCUCGGAUCUACACACAUGUUCAAAAGGCGUUGAAGAUGUCAUGUAAAACAUAUUUUUGGACAGACUCAUCAAUCGUACUGACAUGGAUCAAAGAGAAGGAAGAUUGGGGAACUUUCGUUGGGACCAGGUGCAAGGAAAUUUGUAACACUACUUCUAAAGAUGAUUGGCACCACAUUUCAGGAGAUCUUAACCCUGCUGAUUUGCCUUCAAGAGGUUGCGGAGCUAAGACACUUUAUGAAUCUCAAUGGUGGAAAGGACCGUAUUGGCUUCAAAAUGAUGAGUCUCAGUGGCCAGUGUCGAGUCUUAUGCUACCAGAUUCAGAAGCAUAUACUGAACGGAAAAAGAAGAUUAUAUCAGCAGUAACUACAGAAAAAAGUAUUGAUUUCUCAAUGUCAUUACUAUACUUUUCAAGCUACCUAAAACUGUUAAGAAUGGUAGCAUGGAUUUUACGAUUUAUUAGGAACUCAAGUCACAAUCAAGAAUCAAAAAGUGAAAGUUUAAGUAGUGAAGAGAUUCAAAUGGCUGAAGAGAAAGUUAUCUUAUGUAUCCAAAAGAACUCGUUUGGAGAAAAAUCAAAAUUCCAGAAAAACUUGCCAGUUUUCUUCGAUGACAAGGGUUUGUUAAGAGUGAAGACCAGACUAGUUCUGAAUGACGACAGUGAAGAUUUCAAAUUGCCGAUUCUUUUACCUUCAGGUCAUCCUAUCGUGACACGUAUCAUUAUGGAACUUCAUGUUGCUAAUCAACACGCUGGACUUCAAUCAAUGUUAGUUAUAGUCAGAGAUAGGUUUUGGAUUCUAAAGGGUAGAAAAACCAUUCGUAAUGUUUUAUCUCACUGUGCCAAAUGCAAGAGAUUCAAGUCUAAAGCAGGAGAAGCACCAGUUGCUCCACUUCCCUUAGAACGGAUCACAGAAUGCAACGCUUUCCAGUCUACAGGCAUUGAUUUGGCAGGACCACUGUACCUAAGAAACGGGGAAAGAGCAUGGGUGGUUUUAUUCACAUGUGCCGUGUACAGAGCUGUGCACUUAGAGCUGGUACAGUCUCUUUCAACGGAAUCCUUCAUAUCUGCUUUACGACGAUUUAUAUCCAGAAGAGGACGAAUUUCACUAAUUUACACAGACAAUGGGACCAAUUUUGUCGGUACAAAUAAUAUCCUUAAGCGGUUGGAUUGGAAAACCAUUUCUCGGAAAUUCGAGAUCCAACAAAUAACCUGGAAAUUCAAUCCUCCAAGUGCCCCAUGGUGGGGAGGUAUGUGGGAACGACUAGUGAGAAUGGUCAAGGAACUGUUGAGGAGAAAUCUAAGAUUGGCAAAAGUAGAUUAUGAAGAAUUAAUGACUCUUUUAUGUGAUUUGGAAUCUACCAUCAACUCAAGGCCUUUGACCUAUAUGAGUGAUGACUAUGACACUCUACAACCUCUCACACCUUCAGUAUUUCUACAACCAAUUGUUAAGAGUGACGUUCAUGAUUUGGACAUUGUCGACUCAACCACUCUAAACAAGCGAGUGAGGUAUCUUCAAAGCUUAAGACAAAAUUUGAGAUCAAGAUUUAAGAAAGAAUACCUUGCGAUGCUAGUACAUAGAUCUAAAGAAAACAGUGGUAAAGGAAGGAGGACAAUAAGUACUGGUGAUAUUGUACUAAUAGGUGACGAUAAUAUCAAAAGAAUAAAUUGGCCACUAGCACUAGUGUUGGAGACAAUACGAGGAAAGGAUGGAGUCUGCAGAGUAGCCAAGUUAAAAACAGCAAAAGGAGAACUAACAAGACCCAUCCAGAGACUUUACCCCAUGGAAAUAAAUUCAAAGGACAUGUCAAGGAAACAGGAUGCACAUAUUGAAGUGGAAGAUAAGUCAUCAACACCAACAGAAACAAGAAGAGGGAGAAAGAUAAAAAUCCCUAGGAAAAUGGACUUGUGA